CAUGCGUGCCCUGUGAAGGCUUAUAAGAGCGAUGUACAGGAGAGAGCAGUUUAUUUACAGACAAGGGGAGGGAGGUGUGACAGGGCUUUCUCCACACACUGCUCCUGGGCCAGUUGCUUCCCUGCUGACAACUGGCAGCCUGUUCAAGAGUCUCCCCUCCAAGCGCUCACCAUUUACCCACUGCUGCUUCUCUGCUGUCUCCCCUCUCUCUCUCUUUGGGCAAUUUACUUCUCUCCCUGUGGAUGUCUCAGGAUGUGGCUGGAAUUCAAAGGGUCCAUAGACCAGCAUGGGACUGACUGAGGAUGCUGAUCUGGACCUUUAAACUGUGGAAUACUCAGCAAACUUCUCCCAGAAGGAAGGAAUUCUCAACGUUCGGAUUAUUCUCGUACUGGAAACAAGUAUCUGCUCUCUCCUGAUCAGUCAUAUCUGAGGGACCCCUGACUGCAGUGACCUCUUUUAAAAUUAUUUCCUCCCCCCAAAAAGUGGAUUUUCUAUGGUGGAGUUUUGUGUGUGCAUGUUGUGCCAGCUGCAGGCUAACUUGUUGUCUUUCUCCAAGCUGUGAUCUCCAGGACAGGAAGAAAUUUGGGCACUGGAUGAGUUCAGGGUUGCAAGGGAUAUUUAACCCUAAUCCUCAGACAGCUGCUUCAACUCAUCCAAGUCAGAGCUCACAAGGCAUCUGCCCCCUCACUGCAGCCCCUGUCUCCAGGUUAACCCCAUACUGGGGCAUCUGCAAGUUUACUGUGCCAGUAGCUCCAGUAUUUCAAGGAAGCAGGCUGGGCAUCAAAGAGGCGGGAGGAUCUGGUGUGUUCACAGCCCCAAGCCAUGUGGGCAGAGGGCACCCCUCUAGCGUUGCUGGCAGCUGCUUCCUUCCUGCUGGCAGUGUUGGCAGCCGCCCGGGGGAGCGGUGAGUACUGUCACGGGUGGGUGGAUGCCCAGGCGGUGUGGAGGGACGGAUUCCAGUGCCCGGAGCGUUUUGAUGGGGACGAUGCCACCAUCUGCUGCGGUACCUGCGUCCUGCGUUACUGCUGCUCCAGCGCCGAGGCCAGGCUGGACCAGGGUGUGUGUAAUAACGACAGACAGGAGGGGGCGCCACACGAAAGGCCGGAUAAGGACAGCCACGACUCCGCGGCAGGUAGGGCUGGUGUCUGAGUGCCAGGUCUUUGGGGUGAGUGGGAGGGGGGUCUCAGACAGAAUACAUCUCUGCCAAGGCAAGGGUGCUCUGCUCAGAUACAUGUUCCACAGUUUGGCAGCUUACCUACUGGCUGGCCAGUAUUAGUAUAGCCCGUUAAGCAGACUGGCCAGUAUUAGUAUAGCCCGGUAAGCAGACUGGCCAAUGUAAGAAAUGACCAUCCAUAUGUAAGACUAACCAGAAUGGUCAUUAUUAAAAGAGACCAGUGAUAAGUAAUUGCAGUCGCUAUUAGAAUAGACCCCUGAAAUAUAAGAGCAUUUAUACGAAUUGGCCAGUAUUAGGAGAGCUCACUCGUAUAUUCAGUGUAUUAUAAGUUUAUUGUAAGUCCAAUCAACUAAUAGACCUCCUAUGCAGACUGGCCAAAAUUAAUAUAACUCACUGACCUGUAGACCACAUAUGUAUGUCUAUACUAGAGCUGACAGUACUGACCAGCAUAGAUAAGAAACACAUUAUUUAAAAUGUCCAUUAUAAUUCAAUAAUCCCUAAUGGCCAGACUAACCUGUACAUAAUACAGAAAAAUGCAUAUGACUUGUGGUAUAAUGUAAUAUUACAUGGAAGACCAACUUCUGUGUGUAUAUAUACAUUAAUAUACGUGUAUUUAUACCAAGAUAUAUAUAUAUAUAUAUUGCAUUGAAGCUAUGCAAACAAUAAAAUGACACCUUUGGCUAGUGCCUCUCAAACCAGGAAGUGGCUAAAGCAUAUCUGCCAAUCUUGGGGCUUUCACUACUCCCCAAGUAUAUGCCAUCAAUUCUGGCCAGUGCAGGGUUUGAGAUAUGUAGUACAGCACUUGACAGCAGUUUUGUUCAUUAAAAGCUUUGAGUUGCUGAGCAAGUUCAGCUCAACAUGUGUGCACCUCUCCACCCCCUCCUUGUGUCCCCCCUCCACACCUGUCUCUGGUGUCCUUCUCCUUUACUCCUUGUGUGUGCCCCUCCAUACCUUCCUUGUGUGCCCUUUUCUAUGCCCUCUUGAGUGCUCCACACCGCUUUACCUGUGUGUACUUCACAGGUCCCCUGUGUCAGCGCUGUCUCCAGGCCGCCUUUUGUGUCCUUUUCCAUGACCACCUAUGCUUGCCCCUCUUCAUACCAGUUCUUUGCCCUCUUUGUAUAUGCCUGUUCAUGCACCUAAAUCUGCUCCUCUACAUGACCCCCUGGUGUGUGCAUGCUCAUGCAUCUAAAUCUGCCCAUCUACAUGCCCUCCUGGUGUGUGCAUGCUCAUGCAUAUAAAUCUGCCCCUCUACAUGCACCUAAAUCUGCUCCUCUGCAUGCCCUCCUGGUGUGUGCAUGCUCAUGCAUCUAAAUCUGCCCAUCUACAUGCCCUCCUGGUGUGUGCAUGCUCAUGCAUAUAAAUCUGCCCCUCUACAUGCACCUAAAUCUGCUCCUCUGCAUGCCCUCCUGGUGUGUGCAUGCUCAUGUCCAAUAGCUGCCACAAUGCAGUUUUAACGCUUACAUUAACACUAAGCUUAUAUCUUGUAGGCUGUAUUGUGUGAAAUCCUAUUCCAGCUUCACAUACUUUUUUUAAUGAAUCACGUGCGCAAUUAGUUUUACUUUUUUAGGGUGGAGGAGCACCAAUCUUAUUUUUAGAAUAAAUAUGUAAAUAAUUGAAUCAGAUUCAAUGUGUGAUAAGGUAAUCAGCAGUUUAGUAGUAAAAAUGGGCAAACAUCAGUGCUUUGAGUGUAUAAUAUUUAGCAGAGAAGGGAACAGGCAGAUAGCCCAGGAUUACUUCAUUUAGGUGCCACCAAUUCAUUGUUUUUGAUAGGAUGUGAUAUUGUUUAACGCUUCCAUUAUCUAAUUCCUGCAUAUGUUACAACUGAUAAACUUGUGUGCUGGGGUCACUGCAAGAAAGCCAUAGUGUGAAAAAAAAUGUAACACAAUGUAUGUAUGGCUCUUUUUAUAAGUGAAUUCAGGCUAAUGCAAUUAUAGGUCUAACUAUUUCUUUAAGAACAUGUUUCCAAAGCCUUAAUCUUAUAUAUUUUUAGUCAUUUUCUUCGCAACAUUAAUUAUACUGCGUUUUAGGUUCAGUUCUAUUCACAAAUGCCAGUGGUGCGACUGGUUGGGCCUAUUCACCAACAACAGAUUUUUGGGGGAAAACUUAGCAAUAGUUUUCCACCUUGAAAUAUUGGUGUAAACUUGAAAGUCGUUAAAAGCGUUGAUCAACUCUGUCUGUAUUGUAUGCUAUUAUAAAAUACAUGCAAAUAUGAAAUUAUGGCUACAGGACUUUACAAUUGCUAAUACCUUAUACAUAAUCAGGGUUAUUCACUAAAGGGAAAAUUGUCAGAAAUUCAAAGUGAAUUUUAAAUUUAACACCAAAAUAGCCGAACUGGAAAUAUUCUCUAAGCCAGCUAUGCUUUCAAUUUGGCUAUUUAGUCCUGGAAUGUUAUAUUCACUUUGCAUUCCUGACAAUUCCGUUGCAGGCAAUAAACGGUUAAGCACACUUAUAUGUGUGACAAGUUUGAGACUUGAGAUCAGAAUAACCAACAUAUCAUGACUAAUGUAGUUUUAAUAUUUGCAGUGUUCUGUAUGCAUUGUAAGUGUUAGUAUGUCUUUAAACAAUCUUUGAGCCCUUUCCCCUCCCCAUCCCAACACACCCUGAGCAUCUCCCUACUAUGCUUAAUGUAAACUACAGUAGAAAUAGAUUUAUCCCUUUUUGAAAUGUGUGUUUUCUGAUUAACUGUCUCUUAUUACCAGAUCUGUCUCACUGGAAACAGUUCAUACCAGUUAUUAUGAAUCUUUAAAUGUUUUUUCCUGUCUUGAUCCUAAUGCGAGAUUCUGUAUGAAUGUAAUACCAUUUAAUUACUAACUCCUAAUUAUCUGAGACCAAAACCGUGCAUAUUAUUAUUAUUAUUAUUAUUAUUGGUAUUUAUAUAGCGCAAGCUUAUUCCACAGCGCUUUACAAUAAAAGGGGAAUUUACCAAAUCAGACAAUAACAAAGUGUAACCGGAUCAAUAGGUAGUUGAGGACCCUGCUCAUACAAGUGUACAUUUGGGACCUUUCUUCUUUAAGUAUGAUUUCUUGGGAAAGCCAUAACAUGGUGGUUUAAUAGAAAGAGCCAUAAAGGGGCAAAAUUCUAAGAUUGGAACAAUCAUCCUGAAUGUUCCAGUGGUCUCCAUGGUGAUGGCUCCAACUUUAAAACCGAUCUCCAAAAUUCUAACUCCCCAUUGUAACUCUGCACAUUAACACAGAUCGGUGAAAAUGCACUACAAGUGUUCAAGACUUCAGAUUCAUACUGCUAGAAUCAAUUUUAAUGAAAACAUGAGUGACUAACUGCCUUCAGGCCUUCUGGGAAGCCUGGUGAUCGGUAAUGUAAUUUUUUUGUACAACACUAAAGUAUAGCCAGCAACCUCAAGUCUCAUUGUCUCUUUAUCUUAAUAAAUAACAUAUUUGGCCAACAGUAGAGGACAUACAAAAUGUGAUACUCUAUCAGUAUCCAACCACAUAUACAAAAUCCAAUUUAUUGUUCAUUAUGCUCUCUUGUGAAUUUUUACCAGCAGGAGGAAUGAGCCCUUAUACCAAGAAAUAACUUUUCUAUAUAUUGUGUUAAGGAUGUAGCAAAUGUCUACAAUGAAUUGGGCAGACUAGAUGGGCCGAAUGGUUCUUAUCUGCCGUCACAUUCUAUGUUUCUAUGAAACAGUUUUGCUAAGAGGGUUGAUUACUGUUUAACUCUAUACCUUAGCUUGCACGUGUAGACCAAACUGACAUCUCUAUAAAGUGCAUCACUGUCAUUUGGCCAAGACAGGUGCAUUCUAACGACCAAACUGCUGACGAAAUAAGACAACAGGCACAGUUUAAUGACACAAGGCAGGCAAUAAAACAUUCUACUAAUAACAUUUCCGGCUGGUUUGCUAUUUUAGCCCCUCUUGCCAAUUCACCCUUAAACAUGAGGGGGAAAAAAUGAUCAACCAGUUAAAAAAAGGGCAAAAAUACCCCCCCCCCAAAAUCAAUAAAAGUGGUGAAUUUGCUUCCUGUUAAUCUAUACUGCCUCACUCACUAAAACCCCCAAAACUUGACACCAGCCCUGAGUGGGAAUAAGACAAAUAAACCCAGUAAAUCUUGUAUUUGUUAUUUAUACUCCCUCCAUACAGUGAGAGAAUUCUGGACAUAAAAUAACCAGAACUACAUCACUGACGGGAAACAGGAACUAAGAAAACUGCAGCCAUCCUAGGAAACCCUCACAUUGGCUGGCGGGAAUAUAUACAACAAGUACCCCAGUCCCCAGUGAAGCUUAAUAAUACACUAUUCUAAUGUGUGUUCUCAGUAAGAUUAAUGGAAUACCUCACAGUUUUGCAUAUCUAUAUAUGUAUUAAAUCAGAUUAAGGUUUACGAUAGGGUACUCUGUUUCUUUGUAUUCCAGUAUAUUUAAUUAUAAUUCCCUCUUUCUGUAACUCAAACUAUGAGUAAUUGUUGCCUUUUGUUAUGCUCUCUGGAUAAAAGCCUUGUAUAAAACUGUUAAGUUAACAUCUUCCUCCAAUUAUUCUCAAUAUUAGUUUUUAUCCUUUCCUAAAGGGUUAAGAAAAACCAUUCCAUAUUCCAUACCACCCAAGUGCCUUUAUUUUGGAUGGGCAGUCAUUUAUUUUGGACACGCAUUCCGCAGCCCCUGUUUUCUCUCAUAAUCUCCUUCUUUUUUAGGAGCUCCGUAUUGUCUGUGUGUCUGAGUGAAUUUCAGAGCUCUACAGCAAUAAUACUCCCACUAAUGUAUCUUUAUAAAUGUGUUUAGAAAUCAGUCUGUGUGAAUAAGACACAUUGUUCUUGAUCUAAGUUACAUUUCAGUUGCAUAAAUUGUUAUUAGUAAGUCGCCUAAAAUUUCUCAGAACAUCCUCGCCCCUGACCACACCCCAGUCACACCCCUAAAAUGAAAGUUUAUUUGAAAUGUUUAUUUGAAAUGUUGGAGGUAUGCAUAUUUUGGAAAUCACAAAGCUUCUGGCGGAUUCUAAAUAUGCUGAGGUUCUUGAGGUGUUCAAUAGAAAAUGGAAGUUGGAGCUAGAAUUAAUGCUUAGGUUAGAGGAGUUAAUGAUAUUUGAUAGGGAUUCCAACUGCCAUCAUUCUUGAGUAAUGGGUUAGCUUUGAUGUUAUGGGAUUAUUGGUUAGAAUUAGGCGCUGAGUGCUUUUACACUGUUUGUGGAUCCACAGCAUUCUGAGUGUUCAUGGCCUUUGAAUUGGCAUUUAGAAAUGUGGGUUUGUGUUUAAAUUUUGUUGAUGUGGCUUCAGUCGUGAUAAAAUGAGGCAUAAGUAGUUAGACCUAGAUUCGAUUUUUAAAAAUCAUUGUAAAAAUUUGCUUUAAUAAUUUAUAGUUUCACUUCCAAUAUCUAAAUGCAAUACUAAUUUUUUUCAAUUUGGACAUAAACUCUCCACAGUUCACUGUGUAGCGUAUAGACAGCUGUGUUUAUUCGUGUUGUACAAUCUUGCACAUGUAUAUUCACUAUGCUAAUACGUUCGCAAUUGUGUGCAUCAAAGCAAAAAAGGGCAUACAACAAUUUCUAAACCAUCUAAACUUGCUUGUUUUUAGAAGUAAUAUCCCUUUACUUUACAGUGUUGUUGCAAUAUGGAACAAAAAUUCCUUAUAAUUUAUCUACAUAGUUGUAUUUCUAAUGCUUUUUUUUAAGUUGUCAAUGUUUAAGGGGCAAAUGGACUGAGGUAUCUGAAUUUUUUUUUUAGCUGGAUUUCCAUGUAAAACCACCAGGGGCAUUUGGAAAAAAAGAUGCAUCAUUUUUUCUGCAAUGACUGAAUUAUUCCAUUAAACAGUAAUUUUAUUAUGAUGUCUUUAUGCCACAUUAAUUUUUAUUUAGUGAUGUAUUUACCUUUGGAGUCCUUUGGCUGCCUGUGAUUUUAAGAUACCUGUUUGCUCUUGCCAUUAAUUUGCAUACAUCAGGUUUGCAAAUCCACCAAUUGGUUUCAGUAUUAAAAGGUGCACAAAUGGCGCUAUAUACAUGAACUUUAUUUGGGAAGAAACGGUUACCUGUUUAUUUUAUCACUUUUCUCUCCAAAUAGGUAAACAGUCAUAAUCUGGAAAAAUGACUCAUGCACUCAAAGUCUGAGACAAACUUUCCAGGCUGUGGUCAUUUUUGCAUUGCUUGUUUGUGUAGAUUUCAUUUUAGCUUAAUAUUUAAUUAAAUUUACUAGUUGUGAUGUAACAUAAAUUGAGUCAAGGGAUCACAUCCAAUAUGAAUUUGCCACUCAAUGCGGCCAUUCAGAAUGUCCCACCUUUAACUUUGGCACUCUCUGCAAUUUUCUUUGUUUUUGCUUUUUUUUGCUCAAAGUGUCUCAGUGUUUGACAAGGUGAUCUGGCAUUAUAUUACAGUAUUCUAUAUUUACUAAAUUGUUUCAGAAAUCCAGAGGUCACUGGGACAGAUGGCUUGCCGAAAUGCAACACACAACAGACUCUGCACACAUUACAUAAAAAAACAAGCACAUAUCUAUCAUCUAAAAGCUCUAUAAAUCUCUUCAGUUGACAUCAAUUCAUAUUUAUUCACAUUUAUUCAUACGUUAUAGCUAUAUGAUGCUUCAACUAUCACUGUGCCAAAGAGCCUUAUAUGUGCAAGUCUAUGCAAUUGUAAUAUUUAUAUGGGAGAACCAUAUACCUAAAAUAAUGAGCUAAUAAAAAUAGUUUAUAGUAAUUUUUUGGACAUCAUUAAUUGGAAUCCCAUUUGAAACCUCUCUAUUUUACAAUCUGAAUAAAAAUGUGUUAGAUCACAAGGUGGGCAAACUAUUGGACCCCAUAACUUAUAAUGCCUCCAUCUUGCCCAUGUCUUCUUAGCAUUUUGUUCUGUUAUAGUCUGCAAAGCCUUUCCCAUCAAUGCUGACGUGUGACACGUACAAUUGAUUCCAUAACUUAUUGUCAUGUCAUAUACUUACAAGGUUAUCCAGUAAAGUGAGAAUAAUUGGGAAGUCAAAGUGAAUUUCAAAUUUAGGGCCAAGGUAGCUGAAAUGGAAAACAUUCUCCCAGUCAUCUUUGCUUCAAGCUCAAUUACUUUGGCCUUAAAUUUGAAAUUCACUUUGAAUUAUUGGCAAUUCUCAGUUUAGUGAAUAGCCAUGUUAGAUUACAUACUUUUAUAUUGCAAUCACUAAUUAAUAGCAAAUUGAUACUGGUAGUAUAAGAGUUAAAAAAAUAAAUAAAAACAUACAUAUAUGGUGCAUUUAUCCAGUUAAAUUGAAACCACAGUGUUGCACAACAAUUAUUCCAUUUGCAGGCGGAUUUUAUGCAUUCUUGUUUUUUGCAGAAUUCUAGAACUAGAAGGAUUAUCCCAGUAACAAGCUAUGUUUUGAAACGGGUCAUUAAUUAAAUUUCCAUGGCGACAAUUUGGGGAUUUUUAAAUCUGUAAAAGAUUUAUCAAGUGUAAUUUUGUAAUGGACGACGUUUUCAUAUCAAUUUCUAAAAAAAAAGUAUGUAUGUAUAGUUCAUCACUAUUUGCGCUUUAUUUUAUAGACACAUUACAUGCAUCUGUUGACUGAGCUGUACACAAGUAACCUUUGAGCACUGAAGUGAAGAUGAACACCUGUUUAUACUAAAGAUUUGCCAGACAUAUGGUAGUCAUAGAAAAGAAUAGCGGUCACACCUUGAUCCUUUAACAAUAGCUCAGUAUGAUUUCCCAUCUGGAACGCAAUGUCUGCCAGUAGCCUCACAUCCCUGUACACUUUUAACAAUUCCAUUGAAAAUUAUUUUUUAUAUUCGGCGAUGGUAACUAUAAAUGUUAUACUUUAUAUAAAUUAGCCUAAAUAAGUGCCCUUGGUGUAGAAUUUGAAAAGACUCCCCCUCCCUUUAUCGGCAAGCCUUAGUUCAUGGAGUGAGCGUGUAAUUAUUUUUGAAGGGCUUCCCUGAGAUGUUGGCUGAGAAAAAAUGUGUUCUAUACAUCAUAGCAGCUAACAUAUGGUUUAUAUGUGAUAACGUGAUCAGAUAUGUGCAUUUCAUGAUGUGUCAUAAGAAUUAAAAUUGUCUGGCUAUGAACAAUCUCGGCAAUUUUCGCAGCUUGAAAGCCUCACUGCUGACAGCCAUUUUGGACUUUUCACAGGAUGCUGAAAGUCUUGUAUCACAGCAGGGUAGCUUGGCAACAGUCAAAAAGGGUUCUGAGAGAGACACUAGGUUAAAGCGGCUCUGUCAUGUUUUUUUUUUUUUUUUGGUUUUGCUUUCCAUAUGCCGUUUAUCUCAAUAAUUAUACUGAGCCCUUGCUACUCUCUUUGUGCCGGAUCUCAAUCAGGGGCAGCCAUUUUGUUCUCCUCUGCCCAUGGUACCCAUUAAUUUUAAUGAUGGAUUAUGGGUAAAUUUGAUUGGCAGCUGGAAUAGAACAUUGCUUGAACCAUCUUGAGAGAUGGACACCUGUGGGAUGGGUGGUAAAAUGGCAGCCCAAUGACGCAAUUGAGUCAGUUGCUCUGCCCAAGGGGGGUGGGUCCACCCAAAAUACUGGCAAGUCAGCCUGGCAUGAAUGCCUUUCAAUCAUCCAGGCCAGCUAACUGAGGGUGGAUCAUGUAGGGAGCACUGUUUCAGAAAGGACCCUGAAAAUAAGGACUGUUUCGCCAAAAUUGGGAUGAUAUUUGGGAGACAUGUUUAAACUUCACCAUUGUUUAGUUUUGCCAGAUUUUGUUUCUAUACAUAAGCAAAAGUAGUCCCUGCUUUUCGUUAUGUGUUCUAUAAAAACUGGAGAGCUCAGGAAAAAAAUAAGAGAUUCAGACACAGGGAGAGAUAUUUAAUCAUUUUAUUAGCACAGCGUCAUUAUAAAUAUUCAGGCCUCCCAACCAUCAGAUUUUGGUGGGACGGUACCUAUUUUCCUGUUCUGCCCUGACUUAGUUCCUUUGUGUUGCGCUUUUGUGGGCACCAGGGAACUGUCCCCAAUAAACAUAUUAGAUGCACAAAUGCGUUAGAUACAAUAUUAGAUGCACAAAUGUGUUAGAUACAAUAUUAGAUGCACAAAUGCUAUGUUCAGGGUGAUAGGACCCUGCAGAGAGCACUGAAACAGUUCUCCCUACGGGGUCUAGCCUCAGUGUGCUGGUCUGGCUGAUUGGCGUUCAGACCAGGCUGACCUGACCUGCCAGUAAUUCAAUUCUGGGAGCCUGUGACACCCCAUUUACCCACUGGCAUCCCACUUCUCUGGAUGCUGGAGUUGGGAGGUAUGAAUAUUUCAUUGUCAUGUGAUGUUCCUCAAAUGGUUAAUAAUACUAUAUAGAAGUAAUAAUCAAAAAAGGGGAGUGUGAAAACAGAAAACAUGAUAGUUAAAGGGACUUGAAAACAAGUUUAGCUUAAAGAAGCUGUUUUGUUGUGUAUAAACAAAGUUAUUUAACUCCUGAAUGGCAGAGAAUUGAGCGGUAAGACUGCAGGGGCAUGAUCUAUACACUAAAACUGCUCCAUUAAGCUAAAGUUGUUUUGAUGCCUAUAGCGUCCCUUUAAUAUAUCAAUACAGCAAGGAGGCUUCACCUCACUUGUGGAGAGGUGUGCACGCACUGCACUUCAAUAUACCGUAUAGCAGGAGGUGUAACUGAAGGGAGCAGGCCGCUAUAACUCCAGGACAAAAUUUAUUUUGAAUCAUAUUCUGAAGUCCUCUGUCAGUAAUGUAUCAAGUUUAUGGAGAUACAUAUAAUACACACAUUUAACCCUCCAAGUGUUUGCUGAUUUCUGCAAUGGAUGCAAAAUAUGCUACAUAUAUUUAUAGUGAGCUGCCAAUCUUUAAGAUGAGGUCCAGAGCAGUGGGAAAUGUAAGCAGUGAAUAAGAUAUACGUAAUAUAAGUUUAGUGUGUUCUAAACUAACUUUGUAAACUUAUGAACCAUAUUAAAGUUUUUAGCACAUGUGGACAUUUUAUUAUGCUUUAUUAAUGUAAAUUUCUCUAAGGUAUUCAGUUCACUUCCAUUUUUGAUUCAAAGUUUUUAUAUAUAUUUAAUUACUUAAAAAAAAUUUUUUUUUGAAUGUUCCAGUUCUAACCAUUGUUCAGAAAGCCUAGGAUUUGUCAAGCUAUUGUUUAGAAAGGUUGUUGUAAACCUGACAGAAUUUUGGCUCUCUACUCCAACAUUCUGGAUUUGAAAUGAAACAAUGAUUAGGAUGAUAAAGUGCAUGGUGUCAGCUUUAAUUUGAGACUAUUUACAUCCACAAACUCUGACCUGUGUAGGAAUUAUAGUAUUAUCUAUACACAGUACUUCUAUGUUACGGGCCAAAAGUAAUUGGACAGUAUUAAACGGUCAUCCCAUUUAGUGCUUGUUUGGAAUCCUUUAAGAUUCAAAACAUAGAAACAUAGAAACAUAGAAUGUGAUGGCAGAUAAGAACCAUUCGGCCCAUCUAGUCUUCCCAAAGGGAUGAUUUAUCACCAACAUUUUUCCAUCUAAUUUUCAGCAGUUUUCAUUUGGUGCAAUUUAUUAAAUCAUUUGGGUUUUUACAUCUCUUCCUUUUUUUAAUGACCUAUAUUCAACAUUUGUUGACCAGCGCAAAAUAUUUCCACAUUUUUCUGCCGUAUUUUCCUGCCCCUAUUAAGAUAGCGGUUGUAAAAAAUGGAAAUUUAUGUGCAAAACUGCAGAAUUCACAAUGAAAAAAAUUGGCACUUUUUAAAUCACUUACCCGCUAUCAAAAUAGUAAUGGUAUUUAACGAUCACUUUUCAGAGCACUUUGAUAAAUAUCCCCUAACCCAUAAUCAGUUCUUGUGACCAACAGAUAUCACUAGGUGCUGGGUAUGUUCUGUACUGAUAUUCUGUGAAGCCAGUUCUAGUCAUCCUGUAUUUUGUUUUUGUGUAGUUGUAUAUAUGUCAGGUGAUUAACAGUGGCAGGAGGGUAAGAGGGGUGAGCCAGUGACGAACCUGCCUGGAAAGGGGGCAGGUCCACCCUAAUUACUGGCAGGUCAGCUUGGCGUGGAGGCUUCCUGGUCUACCUGCCAGUUAUAUAAAGGCAGCUCACUGAGGGCAGACCCUGCAGGGAGCUCUGUUUCAAUAGAGCUGUCUGUAGUGUCCUAGAUCCCUGAACAUAGUGCGCAUGUCCAUUGAAGUGCUCGAAAAUCGGGACUGUCCCAUUGAAAUCAGGACCGCUGGGAGGCUUAUAAUAUUGUCCUUCUAAACAUUCUUUCUUUACUAUAAUAAUACAUUUGAGGACAGAGUCCUAUUGCAAGGUUUACGACCAUCGAGUGUGUUAGCUAAAAAAUGAGCCAGUUCCAAUUUUAGCCAUACACUUCCAUCAUAACAUUAACUCAAUGCUCUCUUUCCCUGGCAUAGAUUAGUGUUUGCCUCAUCUGUUCGUAACAUUGUGUUCUAGAAUGCGUUAUUUUCUUUAUGAAACAUUUAGCAAACUAUAGCCUGGAUAUUCUGUUGUGGCUUACCAUUGGUUUGUGUCAUGUGGCAAAUUCUCUGAGGCUUUGUGGAUGGAAUCUUCCAUUUAUGGUACUUUUAAUAACUUUAGUUGCCUACAUAAGAAAGACAAACAGAUCAAAGAGUUUCAUGCAUUCUUCAGUCAUUCAAAAAUCUCAUUUGUGGUGUACCUGGUAGCAGUGCAUUCCUACUUCUUCACAUACUGAGUGGUGAAUGUCGGCAUUCACGGGUUUGUUUGUCUAUAUGUGAUAUUAGCUGACUCUUGAAGUCCAUACUGUAGAGAUAAUGUCACACUUUCCUGUGCUCUGUAAUUGGCUGAUGUUAGCUACACAAACCACAGCUCUGAGUGAGUAGCCAAUAAUAAUGCAGAGUAUACUGACUGACAGGUAGCAGGACAAAUAGCAUGUUAAAGAAUAAUUGAUGGAUAUCAGGCUAUAAAAUGGCCAAAGACGAACACCAUUUUACAUGGAGAGUGUCUGGAGCAGUGGCGUCUCCAGGAUUCAUACUUAAUUCAUACUCCCACCCCCCCACCCGCAUACACAGACUCAUCCCCCCCACACACACACACAGACUGAAACACACACACAGACUAAAACAGACACACACACACACAGACUGAACCACACACACUGACUCACACAUGCACAUAGAAUGAACCACACACACUGACACACACACACCACACACACACACAGAGACUGAACCACAUACUGGCACACUUACCAGCAGCUGCCUGGAUGCCUCUGUGCAGAGCUGAGCUUCCUCUCCCUGUCUCUCCCCUGCUCUGCUCUCUAUGACCCAGGAGGAAGAAACCCCAAGUCAGUGCCCCCCUCUGGCUGUGGGAAAAGGAUGGAACACAGCUCCACAGUGACAGUGCUGCUGUAGCUUGUGAAGGGAGACGCAGUGCUCCCGACUCCAAUUUCAAUUGGGGUAGGGAGGGGGCACAAGUAGGGGAACUGCAUGAUGUAGGUACAUGGCCCGCUCUGCCCCCUCUCCCCCCCUCACCUCCCAGUAACGCCACUAGUCUGGUCUGGAGCAGAGGUUAUGAGGCAGUUACUGAAAAUACUUACUGGGUUAUUUGCUAAAGUGAGAAUUCUAGGUGUAUUCCAAGUGAAUUUCAAAUUUAAGACCAAAGCAGCUGAACGGAAAACAUAGCUGAUUUAGAGGAUUGAUCUUCUUUAACCUUAAUUUGAAAUUCAUCUUGACUUCUCCCUGUAGUGAAUAAACCUAUUAGAACACGGACACAGUAUUUUAUUUACAUGUUACGGUAGACCUGUGUCCUAAAUGUAAGUUUUGUUCCAGAUAGAUUUUAUUUAGAAUUUAAAAAGAUAUGCUCAAUAAAAAAAGUUCCAGUAACACAGAAAAUAUUCCAUUAUAAACAUAUAGCAAAUAAUAAAUAUAUAACAAUCAUAAAACUACCAGUCAUGAAUCCAAAAUAGGUUUAGUAGGAUAUGGACAUGGUCUUCAUCACAAUGUUGUUGUAUUAUAUCUGUAGAACGUUUUCAUAAUGAGAAAAGUCUGUUCUUUUGAGUUGUUUUACUGGUUCCCUUUGUUCAUAACGCCAUUCGCCUUUAGUAAUACACGUGUACAUAAUGUUCUGUAUUUGUACAUUAAUUAUUUCUGCUCUUAUUGUGCUGUACGCAAUCUUACAUAAGGAAGACAUAAAAAAAAAAGUUACAAACUUAAACUUUACCCUGUUGAGAAUAAAUUGCAAACUAUGAAUGAGAAUAAAUUGCAAACUAUGAAUGACAUGUGAAAGCAAACGUUGUAGCAAGUCAAAACAGUCUUCUUUUAGGUUUCUCGAGGCUAGCUCCAAAAACAACAUGAUAAAUUAGGAUUAAAUGCCAGCUAGCGCCAAUUUAACCCCAUCUAAUUAUCCAUUAUAUGAAAGUUAAUGUGUUCUAUUGCAAAGAACUACCAGGCAGGGAGAUAAAGAGUUCGCCAUUUUGGUAACAAUAGGGAACAUUUUCACCAUAUUUUCACAUUUAUCUUUUUUCAUGUACACUGCAAUUUUAGUUAAAGAUACAAGAUUUAAAUAAGUUUACUUACAGGUUUAAGUUCAAUGCACUAAAAGAGAGUAAAAAGAAGCUAAACAGCCACCAACCUCAAGAGUGGAGCGUAAGUGGUUCUAAUGAACACUUACCCUAAAUAGGAAUGCAGGAACAAUAAAUUGGGGAAAAAGAGAAGACCAUAUAGUGUAAACCCAUAUGGCAAUGUGGUAAAAGUAGGGUAUGACUAACCAGAUAUUGGAGUGAUGCACACUAGUAUCAUGAUGCACACUAGUAUCAUGAUGCACUGGAGCUCUGUGGGGGAAGUCUGCUAGCCCCCAAUAUAAAUCCAGAAGUAUAGAGCCACAGGCUACACAGGGCAGGGUGUAAGGUAUAUUUAACUAUGGUACGUUUCGACCAUGAGGCCUUAAUCAUGUAGGGUAUAACUAAUUAAACUCACAUGGAUAUGAGCUUUAAGGGACAGGCUCAAAUUAUGUACUCAGUAGUAUACUCAGAUGACACAAUCCCCCUUGUUACUCUAGCUUCCUGGGUAGUAUCCUCAAAGGAUAACAAUGGAAAGAAGAGGCACAAACUACGUCCAGACACACACUGUGUGCUCAUAUAACCAAUAAUUAGCUGCUCACCUUGACUAGAGCCCACAAGACCUGGCUCUCGGUGUCACUGCCAAGUGUCUACAAAGGGGCACAGCCCUUUUUGAAAGCAGAUAAUCAGAACAGCUUGUUGGACAACAAAUUAUUUAUUAAAAAUAACUUGUUAAAAACAUAAAAACAUAUGAGUAAAGUGCUAAAUAUCAGGAAAAAGGUCCUCAAGACCUUCUCCUCCCGAGACGCAUUUCACCCUAUCCUAGGGCUUUAUCAAUUGGUAUAGUCGUUAUAAUCUGCUUCCUUCACGCCUCCUUUUAAAUAUGCCGGUCUUGACUCCUAUUUGUGGUCGCAUUCCAUCCGCGACCUGUCGGAUAUAGAGGCCAGAGGUGUGCGUACUUCAAUCAGCUCCUUCCACGUUGAGGCGUCAUUACGCUAUCGCGCCUAUGAUGUGAGCCUGUCCAUUGAGGCUCAUAUCCAUGUGAGUUUAACUAAUUAUACCCUACUUUUAUCAUAUUGUCAUAUGGUUUUACUCUAUAUGGUCUUAUCUUUUUUCUUUCCCAGUUAUUAUUAGAUGCUCCUGCGUUUCAUCUAGGGUAGGUGUUCAUAUUAGAACCACUUAUGCUCCACUCUGGAUGUUGGUGGCUGUUUGACUUCCUUCCACUUUCCUUUUGUGCAUGUCUUGAGGUGGGUGAGAGAGAUUCCCAAUGAAAUGUAGUAGCAGGUCUAAUUACUAUACACGGUGAAGCACCUUCCUAAUCACACAGAUUACCUUGUGUAUUUUGAUUAGGUUCCGUAAUGCCUAGCAAUUUAAUAUGCAACAGUUUGACAAACGCUGAAUGAACUUGUUAUUAACUCAUAUUAAAAAUGAGUAUUUCAUAGGAAAGCUUUGGGAGGCUGUUGCCUGUUGCCAUUCUGCACCAAUCAGCAUCAUCUAAUAGAGGUGCAUUGAAUCAAUGCAAUUCUAUGGGGAAUGUUCAAUGCCUCCAUGCGGAGCAUCUGCCAGUAGAAGUGUUCCUAUACAGCAAUGUUAACACUGCUUUUUUUUCUGAAAAGGCAGUCUUUACAGUGUUCAGCCUGCAAGGGAGAAGCUAAUUAUGUCUACUGCCUGCGUGCUGUGCGCAUUGACUAUAGACAUAAUUUAUGGCACAGAAUUUACAUAAGGCAGCCCAGAGUUCCAAUCUGCUUAAGUCACGUGUGCUAGUGGUGCAACUAACCCCAAGUGCAAAUAUCUCAGUAUGUGCGGCAUGUCAAACAAAAAAUCUGCACAUACAGACUCCUACCACCAUGACCACUUUGAAAAACAUAAGUGGUCGUGGUGGUUGGAGUUACCCUUUAUCAUUUUAUUCUGUGGUGGGAUAUUGGUAUGUAGAUACAUACUGGAACCCCUCUUUAUCCUUUCCAGUGUCUACUUGUUUGGUCUGGUCUUCAGCUCCUUGUCUCUGUUUAGUAGAUACCUGAACAAAAUAUAUUUCUGAAAGGGUUACUACAAGCAUCGUGAUUACUUCACUGAUUUGAAGCAGCGUUUCGCUAUGACGCCAUGCACAUUCAGACUUUCACCCCUCUAUAUACCUCCAGUGCCAAUGGGACGUCAUUGGUGAAUAUCAAUUCUGUGCAUGUUAGGUGUCUUUCACUGGCUCAAAAAAAGAUAAUGGUCUCAUUAAAUUUAUAUUUGCCCAUAUUUGCAGCUUGAAAAGUAUUGUAUUGAAAUCAAAUUACUUGUUUGUUUCAUGCAGACACAAGAGAUAUGUGUCUACAUCCUUUUGGUAGUGUGUGAUACCAUGGAGAUUUAUUAAACCUUUAGUCACAAAGGAAAUCAAUCAUUGUUUUGUGUCCUUCAAAAUUCAAUACACAACGUAAUCUCUGGAUAACAAGUUCAUGGAGCUGUGUUUAUGUUUAUUGCGACUUAAAAGUGUAAUUUGAAUUUGGUUGGUAGUAAGGUUAUAAAAACUGACAUGACAGCACUGGUUGGGAUUAUUUUGCUUCAAAAUACACAUUUUGGAGACAAAUUAGUGUAAUCCUUUAAUUGAAAGCAUGUCAUGCAAUUCCUAACCUUACAAUUACCAGGAUAACCCCAUAACCCUGGGCCAGAGUUUUACCUACAUAAUUUGAUUGGAUUUAUAGUCAAGGAGAAGUUACCAUGCAGGAGUCAAAUUUCCAUAUUAAAAGGACAAAGUAUGGACAUCUUAGUUCUAGUCAGUUGUUCCGGACCAUGCUAUGGUUUGUAUACCUUGUCCAUUUGCAAAACUGACUAAAAGUGUGAUCAAGAGGUAAAUUUCAACACAAUUAGGGCUAUAUUCUAUUUAAAAAGGAGAAUUUAUUCCUGGCAAUUGAAUAGCAGGUCUCCCAUAGACCUCAGCUGGUGAAUUGCUAUUCAAUUGAACUUAUUACUAGUCCUCGAGUCCAACUCGAGGAUACAUUUUGCAAACGAAAAAAAAAAAAAACAGAUCCAACAGUGUUCUUAUGCCAAUUCCUACUGUUGUCAAGAAGAGUUAGCGUGUGAGAACCGCUAGACAUUAUUCCUCCUUCCACAGAAUAAGAGCAUCAGUCACAGAAGCAAAGUCAAUGAGUUAAGUUGUUGACACUCUCGAAAAUCGUGGAAACAUUAUUGUUAUCGUUAAAGUUAUUUUGAUACAUUGCUUUUCCAGUAUCAGAGCUCUGCGUGCUAAUGAAAAAAUUGUUUCAAUAAGUGAAAUAAUACCACCUGCUCAAUGCACACAAUCCUCUUUCAGGAUUACUUCCUCUAUUUUGGCAUGAUUCUUUAAUUUCAGACUUUAAAAUUGGAGCUUGGUCAAUUACCAGGAUGUAUGCAAGAGAAUGUCCGCUUGGCUCCAGCAGAAUACAUUGUACUCUUUUGUAAACAGGAUUUUUCUUUUGAAGUUCACAUAAAAAAGAGAAAGUCAAUAUGAUGCCUCCUUACAUAUAAAGUGAUACAUGCAGAGGAGUAACUACAAACCACGGGGUCCCCCUCCCGAAAAUUGCCCAGGGGCCCCCUUACACAUCUAUCUCCCCAUACGUCUACUCCCCCAUAAGUCCCCCCCUCCUCAUACAGACAUACAGACAAACAGAUGCACAUGCAGACACACACAUAGAGACACACACACACACAGAAACAUAUAUACAGACACAUAUAGACAUGCAGACACACAAAUACAUACACACACACACAUACAUAAACAAAUACACACAUACAUACACACACACAGAAAUAUACAAACAGACACACAUACACAAACACACAUACACUAACACACACACGUGCAAAAUGUUUAAGUUACCCUCCUGUUUCCUACUUUUUUCCCCCGGGGGCCAGUGGCUCAGGCUGGUGGGAGUCAGAGUUCCCACUCUGACACCCUCCUCUCCUUCCUCCUCCCGCACGGCACGGUGAUUGCUGGGAGGAAGUGACCGGGGCAGUUACUUCCUCCCAGCGUCUGGCAUCAUCAAAGAGGUCCUGGUCGCGCUGUUAAAACGUAAAGCUGACCGGGCCCCCUGGAAAUUAAUUUCCAUCUGGUGGCCCUAACAGCAUGGGCCACCUGAUUGGCUCCUGAACAUGUGGCCCCUGCGGUUACACAGCGCGGGCCAGGGCCGCGUUACACAUAUCCAUUGUAAUGUAUACACUGGCGACACUACCCAGGUCGCGGGGAUCCACAAAUGGAUGCAUGUUUUUCAGAAAAAUCUAUUGGUCUUGCUCUUGAACUUUAAGGGCCCAAUGGAGACAUUUAACGAGAUAAUUUCUGGGAUGAAUUAUAAUAUUAUGUUGAGUAACUUUUGAUAAUACUUUAAAAUUGGCAGCAGUGCCUAAAGUUCUAAGCAGUUCUGGGGAAAUCGUAAAAUAAUUUGUAAAUUUCAAAAUCGCUUCACCUGCACUGUUCGUCCACCUGGCGGAUGACUGCCCUAAUGAAUUUAUAAGCAGACACUUAGCUAUCUACCACAGUCAACGCGUACAGCAUGUCCUUUGUUAGAAAAUUUAAUUACUAAAUUAUAUUAAUUUAUUUCCAAACAGUUAUAGCAACAUAUAGAUGACAUGUUUAUGUUUUAAAACUGAUUUUGCUGCUUCACAAAAUUCUAGUUUAGUUUAAUUAAAUUAAAUAUAUUCAGUCAUUUGUUAUGUCUAAAGAUUGCUCUUUCUGAAAGUUAUUUGGUGGUAAUCGCAAAAACAUAGGUGACCAGAUUGCAAUCUUCUGAUAGUGAAGAUGUAUGAAAUUAAUCACACCCAUACAGCAUUGAUUUUAGUGAUGACAUGCUGUAUGAAAUGUCUGUAACCACCUGUCAUUAAAAAUAUUUUUCUGGUCACCUUGUCAUAGACAGGACAUCUUUUUGAUUCUGGAUGACGUAGUUGGUGUGUUCUCUACUCCCAAAUCUCCUGGAUAGAUGGGACACUUUCUAGGAUAGAUAUCUACUUUUAUCUUGAGUUUUGUGGAGGUUUCCAGUGAAUCUGAAAAGCUUUAAGAACAUGUAACUUAGGAGACACUAAACAUGGUGUGAGGUAUGAUAUUCUGAACAUGAAAGUUUAUUUACUGAUUUUAUAGAAUCAUUUAAAUAAAUACUGGAAGUUCGAUGUGGUCAUUUAGGUCUUGGGGAAACAAGCAUUAGGAUGCCUCCCAACUGUACCAACUAAUUAGUUUGAUAGUGACCACAUACAUUUUUGCAAGCCAGAUGACAUAUUUAAACUGUACCUGUGAUGGCAUACAAAUGAACUGUGCAUUUUCAACUAUGCAUCGUUUGAAUGGAAUUGCUAGCAAAUGUAUACAUUUUCUUAUAAGAUAUGGAUUUACUUAAAAUUCUAAGUACAUUACAGCAACUACAGCACACGUGCUGUAGUUGUGAUUAUUUUGCAGAUUUAAUUCUGACACUGAUUCUCUGGCAAUAAAGCAAUGAAGUCAGAUUGUCUGAAUUAUGGAUCCAGAUCCCUGUAACGGUCUGCCUGGCGCCCCAACUGGGUGCCUCCACCAAUUGCUGCUUCCUAGUAAUUGCAAGCACCAUAAGCACUGCACUGGAAAACCAUAACCACCAUUAACCCCACAGCCGACGCAGCUUGGCUGGCAUCUUGCUGUCCUCUACCCACUCUGGACCCAAGUCGGGGAUCCAGCUUCAGUGGGUUGACCUCUCCUACUCCAGAGAGUAUAGAAGGAUAGCUCUUACACAAGCUAGUGUUGUAAUCCAAGAAAGUAUAGUGAUAUAGCAAUCCCCAGAGUGAAUAUAGCUGUCCCCUCCACACAUGAGGCGAGGCUCCAUGUGGAGGGUGAAGAGGAACUGUUUAAUGGCAGCCACAACUUGCCUUAUAUGCAAGUCCCCAUGCAAGGGGUUUUCCAUGACAUAUAUCAGGGGCAUUCCCCACUGGACCUGAAAGGGGACUAUGACAAAGUACACACUGUAAUUACAUUGGCUCUCAGGUUCAGGACACUUCCACACAAAACAGGGUAAUCCCUUCCCUGUGCCUGAGAGAUAAUUGAGUCAGGCACUGUACUAACUCAAUUAUAUCCACACACAAAAAACAUACAUUAUUACAAAACCCCCAAAAUACCUUUAAAACAUAAAAACCCUACAAAAGUUACAUCCCCUGAUAGCCCCUUCCCUUUUGGAAGUGUUUCCAAGCAUUGACAAUUGGUUAGUAGGGGAGGAAUUUGGAAGAGGGAAAUGGACAUAAAAUUUGUUUAAUACCCACAAUCCUGCUGUCAGGUUUGGGUGCAAACAUCUUUGGUUAGCAUCUUUUUGAAGCAGUUAUGUAAAAGAUCAUUAUUCUUUAUGAUAAAUUAUAUAUCAAUUUGUUAAGGACCACAUAAGUAGGCAAUAUUUAAUGGUUCAUAAUGCCAGCAAUUUAACUUAAAAACAGUAGUAAUGAUGAUACUACUAAUAAUAAUGUCCUAUAACCAAAACAAAAGUCUACAAAAUGUUGUAUAAUUAGGAGUACAAUUGGUACACUUUAAGCUUUGAUCUAGAUAAUUAAAGUAAAAUACAUUAAACAAAAAUGUAGAUGUCUGUAUCAACCCUUUUACAAUUAAAGAUAUACAAGCAAUGCUAUGUUGCACAAUGUGGUUUUCACCAGAAAUUUAAUAGCUUUAAUUGUCCUGUUGAUUGGGAUGUUAACAGUUCCGGUAAUAUUAUGUUCUAAUUCAUGUCUUUUUUUCAUUUUUCUUGCAGUUCCUAUCUACGUCCCAUUUCUAAUUGUAGGUUCUGUUUUUGUGGCAUUUAUCAUCUUGGGGUCGUUGGUCGCUGUUUGCUGUUGCCGAUGCCUCAGGCCAAAACAGGAGCCUCAGCAGAGUCGAGCACCUGGAAGUAAUCGUCUAAUGGAGACCAUUCCCAUGAUCUCAAGUGCUAGUACCUCACGUGGCUCUUCCUCUAGACAGUCAAGCACAGCUGCCAGCUCCAGUUCCAGUGCCAAUUCGGGUGCCAGGGCACCUCCUACAAGAUCCCAAACCAACUGCUGUUUGCCAGAAGGAGCUAUGAAUAAUGUUUAUGUAAAUAUGCCUACCAAUUACUCUGUGUUGAACUGUCAACAAGCCACCCAACUUGUUCCACACCAAGGACAAUACCUACAUCCUCAGUUUGUAGGCUAUGCUGUACCUCAUGACUCUGUAACCAUGACCCCUAUGCCUCAGUUCUUAGAUGGACUACAAGGUGGAUACCGACCAAUGCAAUCACCCUACCCUCACAGUAAUCCUGAACAGAAGAUGUACCCAGCUGUGACUGUGUAAAUUGUACCAUCUCCAUUGGAUUGGGAAUGUAAAUAUUGCCACCCCAGCCAUAGAAUCUUGGCUGGGAGGAGCACCGACUCCAGAACUUCUGACAAUGUCAUUAUCUUUCAUUGGACUUCUAAGCUAUACCCAAGUGUUGAAUGGCUGUUUUGUUCAAUUCAUGGAUCACAGUGGUAAGAGGUUUCAAGUGUGCAGAUUUUGUUUUAUAGGAUUCUUUUAUUGUCUUUAAAGCCUGAGCCAUUAACCCGCUCUAUUGAGGGGAUCUCCAGAGUUCCUACAAAGAGAAAUGUUUAGUGUCCUUUGGAAGAGCAGAUAUGCUUUCUUUGUCUUUGCCAAUGCAAGUGUGGCACAUCAGGUGCUGUAUCAAUUUCAUGUUUAACAUUGACAAUCAUAUCGACAAUCAAACAGUAAAUCUGUGUUGUUGUUUUUUCUAAUCGAUGCCUACAUCAGGCGUGUAUUUUUUAAGAUAUAUAUUGUACAAAGAUUCCAAAAAAGAAGCAAAUGAACAUGUGUAUAUAUAAUGACAAAUACACUAUUCUCAAAGAGGAUCUGUCUCAUUUUUUUUAAAGAGCAUAAAAUCCUGCCUGUAUGUCAUGUUGAAUGUUUUUAAAAUGGUUAUAAUGAUGCUGUUGUGCAUACAACAUAUAGAUAAUUUUGCAAGAUAAUACUUAGCAAACGAUUUAUACCUUAUGCUGUCGAAGUCUCCAACAAAUGCAUAGAUUAAUUACCUGAAGGCUGUAUUUGCCUCUUGAAAGUUGGUGUCUCUGUCCACCCAUAGAUGACACAAAUGGCAUCCCACAAUGCACUGCUCGCACAUAAUAUGCCACCCUUAACAUCUGUUUCUGGUAUAUAUUUGUAGAUAUUCGUGUGCUGCAGAGAAAACAAAAAUAGAACUUUUAUAUUUCUCAUGCCUAUGUCCCUUUAAUUUAUUGAUCGCCAAUACAUUUGAGACUGUGUGUUUUAAAAAAAAAUACAAAAAUUCUAUUUUCAGCUUGAUGCAUUAGAUGAAAGACAGUAACAAAUACGUUUGAUUAAUAAAUUAGGAGGACAAGAUGAAUCGAAUGCUGUAAAAUAUUUUGUAAGCAUGAUAUAGAAAAUGUAUGCACAUAUGUAUAAUUUAAAAUAUUUUAAGGAAUACAGAAUGACUUUAAAGACUAUUUGCACAACAUAUUGGCAGCGAAUUAUGCUUUAUUGAUUCGAGUCGACACUAGGAUUUUAAGCAUAUAAACAUAUAUAAGUUCAAUGCAGACAAGUAGCUUUAUACAAACCCUGAACGAGCUUGAUUGCAAUGUCCUUCCAUUAUUACCCUGUCUUCAUGGAAUAUGACACUGAAUAAUUUGAAGAGCACUCAAGGCCAAUCAUCUGCAUCUUCCAAUACAUGCACGCAAGUCAAUUUUGCAUCAUGUGAGAGAAUGCAGAUGAUGUCUGCUGCCAUUCAAAUUUCAUGCUGUGAUGGCUGAUGGGAAUGAGUUGGCAUUCAUAGUGGAAAACCACCUAUUUAAAUUGCUGUGCCUUUUUAUCGGCAAAAAAGUGACCAUUUUGAAUUAUAACUUGAAGUUGAAUGCUAAAAACGGCAACAAAUAAACCAAACUUCUGGAAUAAAAGGGAAUCAUGACAUGUCACACAUGUCAUGUGUCCUUAAGGGGUUAAAAACCUUUAAAUUAUCAGUUUCUUACAUUUUUUUUUUUAAAGAUAACAAAUGAGCUUUAAUAGUUGUGCCAUAAAUCAAAAGCCUCAGGAUGUAUUCAAAGGAUGAAUGUAAUGGACAGAUAUAUAUAAAAAAAUAACAAAAUGCUGUACAUUUAAAUAUUUUUCUGUAACUGUCGAAACAGCUAUUUAAUGAUGUAGAAAGUAAUAAAAAAAAAUAAAAUCAUGUUUUUGCAGUCUGAUGAAAAAUAUAUUAUUAUUAUUAAAGAGGCUUUUAAAAGCCCUUACGUAUAUGUUAAUCUAAAACAAAAUCUUAAUUCUAAGUAGUGAGACCUUUUACAAACUGAUAAAAAAACAUGGUGAUUUUAAAAACUGAAAAUAUCAUAUUACUAAAUUAUUAUUAAAAGUUAAAAUAUGGGUAAGGAUUAAAAAAAACAAACACUGUGUAUAUUGUUAUAGAAUGGUGGCAAAAUUGCAUAAACCUGAGAUAUGUUAAAAUAUAGACAGCUUGUGUCCAACCAUCACAUUUUGGUGAUUUAAGUUAAGCAUUAAGAAUACACAGGUAUAAUAUAUUACAUCAUUCUUACACUCACCAACAUAUGGAACUAAGGUUCCUUCCGGUUUCCAGACCUUGAGGCAAACAGAAGAGCAGUGGGGCAGGGGGAUCGGGCACUAGAAUUCUGAGUUUGGGGUUCAAUUAUUCAAGAGCAGUUUAACCCCUAAAGGUGAGCUAGCACCAGGGUCCUCCUGGCACCAUAACAACUUUAUUUUGAUGAAGCUGUUAUGGUGCCCCGAGUGUUCCUUUAAAGUAGUUUUACUAAACAAAUUUAAUAAAAGCUAACCUUGAUUUACUGUUGACACCUUGGGCAGUUAACUUGAUCCUCUUGUCCAAAUACUGUGGAUCCUUUUCCUUGUACAGUGCAAUACAUGGAGCGUAUAACCUCAACUUACAAAUUACAAUUUCUCAUUGGCUCACACUGCAAGAUUUUAUUUUUGUAAGUCAUCAACUGCUUCUAUAGAUUUUACAAAUGGUGCAAUUUCAAGAUGACUUAUGACACCCUGAAAAAAAUAAUCAUAUAUAGCAGUUACAGAUACCUUUAAUAUAUUUACAUAAAGAACAUUUUAGAUGACAGACACUGCAGAGAGUUCUUCGUUAUAUAACUCAACAAAACAAUCACUUUCAUUAACGACAGAAACUGAUUCUUAAUUUUCGAGGACAAUCAUUUUGCUUUUUAACAUUUUCUUUUUAUGCUUUUAUUAGGAAUAUAGUCAGCUGAAGUGUAGUUUACAUGGACACAAAUAUCUCCUAAUUGUAUAUUAAACUGGGAUUUUUCUGAGGUAGAUAUACAUUGAUUCUCGGAGUUUCUUAAUUUUACUCAAUGGAAGGGAUAAAGGUAAAGAGUGAUUUUUCAAUUGUCUAUCUGUCCAAUCAUCCAUUCAUCUGUCUGUCUGUUUGUCUUUCUGUCUAUGCAUACAUAUUCAAUUAAACACACAUACAUCUGGUUGGGCACUUUAUAUUUCAUUUUUCCAUGUUGCUCGAUUGAUUAGUAAUUUUUUUUUUAUGGUGAGCACUCUGCCUCAAAUCUCUGUCGCUUUGUGUUUGAGCCAUUGCCUUUUAUACACUCAAUGUAAUCUUUAUUAGCCAAUGAUCUGUCAUAGAAAACCUAUAACUGGUUUUUGACUGCAUCUACCCUAACAACCUGCAGUUUAAAGCAUGAUUGGUAAAUAUUCACUACCCGAUGAUAUAAACGUGAAAUGCAGACUGUCUCCAUGUAAGCCACACGUUUUUUUGGCAUUUAACGAUUCCUAUUAAACAUAGCGUACUGUUAAGGCAGUCACUUAAAUGAUUAAAGGAACUUAAUGCUUACCUGUAACAUCGAAGUGUCAUCAAAGCAUCUUGCGUUAAAACAUAUAUUCAUUUCAUGAUGUCCAGCGCUGCUAUUUGUGGCAGAGUACAAUGACAGCCCAUGGGUAUUUUUUUAAGCAAAAGUUGUCACAAUGAUAUUCUAAGGUAUGUAAUAUAGUGACCAUUGCAAUGGAUAAAUCGAUACUGAGGACACGCUGUAACUAUUGCACAUACCUUGCACACAACUUUUUUCUCUGACUUGUCAAAUUCAGGGGUAAUUCAUUUGUAUAGUGUUUACUGUAAAAAAAAUAAAAAUAAAUAAGUUAAAUUUUUUUAAAGUUCAAAAAUAUUUUACAAUUGUCCUAUAAAAAAACAAAAAAACAACAUUUUGAAAUUACAAAACUGUGCGAAAUGUGGCGUUUAUCCUGAUUUAUAAGUGUAAUGUAAAAUAGUGUAAAGGAAUUGUUUGCCAUUAUUUCUGAUAUUCUAAAGGGCACUUUGAUUCAAGUGUUUCUUGCUAUGGAACGAAACUGUUGAUUUUUAAUAAAUGUUUCAUUGUGUGACCUAUAUUCUGAGUUGUACUCAUUAAAAUUAUUUUGUACAUCAA